AUGUCAUAUUUAAUUAGUUCAAUAUUUCGACCGUCUGAAAUUAUUGCUCUAAUACAUUACAAAUAUUUUCGAUCAACGCAUCUAUUACAAAUUGAUCCAGAAAAUAAACCCAAGAAAAGAUGUUAUGAAUUUUUGAGACAGACUUCUCGUUCUUUUGCAGCUGUUAUUCAAGAAGUUCACGAAGAUUUGAGGGAUGGGAUUUGUAUAUUUUACUUAAUUUUGCGUGGUAUGGAUACAAUCGAAGAUGACAUGACAAUUCCUAUUGAAAAGAAAGAGCCAUUGUUAAGAAAUUUUCAUAAUUUAAUUUUUAAAAAAGGAUGGACUUAUACAGAAAGUGGUCCCAAUGAAAAAGAUCGACAGUUGCUUCUUGAAUUUGAUGUUGUAAUUGAUGAAUUUUUGUGCUUGAAAAAAGAAUUCAGAGAUAUUAUAGCAGAUACCACCAAGAAAAUGGGAAAUGGGAUGGCAGAUUAUGCUAAAGAUACUGUACGUAAUAAAUAUGGUAUCAUGACCAUUAAAGAUUUUGAUACAUAUUGUUAUUAUGUCGCAGGAUUGGUUGGUAUUGGUCUUACCGGAUUAUUUGCCACCAGCGGAUUGGAAGAUCCAGAAUUUGACAAUAACAUAGAAUUAGCAAAUUCGAUGGGAUUAUUUUUACAAAAAGUCAAUAUAACUCGAGAUUAUUUAGUUGAUGAUCAAGAUGGACGUAAAUUUUGGCCAAAGGAAAUUUGGUCCAAAUAUACUAAUGACUUAUCAGAACUAAAGAAACCAGAAAAUGCAACGAAUGCUCUUAAUUGCCUAUCAGAUAUUAUUCUCAAUGCACUUCAACAUGUGCCUGAUUGUUUGACAUACAUGAGUCGACUAAAAGAACAAACUGUAUUUAAUUUUUGUGCUAUUCCGCAAGUUAUGGCAAUAGCUACAUUAUCAAUUUGUUUUAGGAAUCACGAUGUCUUUAAAAAAGUUGUUAAACUUCGAAGAGGCGAAUCUGUCAAGUUAAUAUUGAGAAGUAAAAAUAUUUAUGAAGUUGCGGAUAUCUUUCGUUAUUAUAAUCGUGUUAUUAUUAAUAAAAAUGAUCCACGAGACCCAAAUUAUUUGAAAAUCAGUAUGGCAUGUGGUCAGAUUGAACAAUGGUGUACAGCUAAUCUUCCAGAUAUCAAUAAUUAUCAAUCAUCAACAUCCAAACAUCCUAACAAUACAAAAGCAUCAUUUACAGAUUUAACAAAAGAACAACAAGUUGCUCCUUUAUUAUCUUCUGAUGCUUCUGAAAUCGUUGAAGACUCGUACAUUGUGGUUUUCAAAAACCAACUUGACGACGAAAAAAUAAAAUACCACCAUAAUUGUGUCCGUUCUUUAGUCAAGGAAGAAAAUAAAAAACUUGCCAAGAGAGGUUUCCUCGAUAAAUUAAUAUCUGGUCUUAAACAUACAUAUAAUUUUAAAAAUUUGAAAGGAUAUUCCGGUCGAUUUUCUCCUGAUGUAUUGGAAAAAAUUAGGCGUAGCGAGGAGGUAGCUUGGGUGGAGAAAGACCAAGUUGUUUACACUACUGAACUUCAAAGAAAUGCUCCAUGGGGAUUGGCUCGAAUUUCCCAUCGUUCAGGAUUGGUACUCAGAAAUUUCAAUAAAUAUCUUUAUGAUUCGGAUGGAGGAGAAGGUGUUACUAUUUAUAUUAUCGAUACUGGUAUCAAUAUCAAUCAUACCGAUUUUGAGGGACGUGCUACAUGGGGUAGAACAAUUCCUGAAAAUGAUCAAGAUAUUGAUGGUAACGGUCACGGUACUCACGUCGCUGGUACUGUUGCCGGAAAAAAAUAUGGUGUUGCCAAAAAAGCUGAUGUUGUUGCCAUUAAAGUAUUAAGAUCAAAUGGUUCCGGUACAAUGGCUGAUGUUAUCAAAGGUGUUGAAUUUGCCGCCGAAUCUCAUCAAGAAGCUGAACAAAAGGCUAAACGUGCCGGGAAACCAUUCAAAGGAUCAGGCGCCAAUAUGAGUUUGGGUGGUGGUAAAAGCAGAACUUUGGACAAUGCCGUUAAUGGGGCUGUUAGAGUUGGUCUCAACUUUGCUGUUGCUGCCGGAAACGAUAAUCGUGAUGCCUGUGAUUUCUCUCCUGCUGCUGCCGAACUAGCCAUUACUGUUGGUGCUUCUACUGUCGAGGAUGAACGUGCUUGGUUCUCAAACCAUGGAGUCUGUGUUGACAUCUUUGCUCCUGGAAAAGAUAUCACUUCUGCUUGGAUCGGAUCACGAUACGCUACUAACACUAUCUCCGGAACUUCAAUGGCAUCACCUCAUGUCGCGGGUUUAAUAGCAUACCUCAUUUCUCUUGAACCAGAUACCGAUUCAGAAUACUAUACCGGUUCUCUGACUCCUAAAGAAUUAAAGAACAAGAUGAUUAAACUGGCUACAACGGACAUUCUUACAGGCAUUCCAAAGAAUACACCUAAUCUUUUGGCAUUCAAUGGUUAUGAAGAAUAA